AUGGAAAAACAAAUGCUGAUGUCAGCUGCCCUUCGUCGUUUUCGCACUGUCGCUCUGCUACUGCUCGUCACCUGCAGCUUCCCGCUGGUUGCGCCCUCCAGGCCUGCCACUAACGCGCCGCACACACUGACCGACUUCACCUACCAGUACGACAGCAUCUUCUCCCCGCUGCUGAAAGCUCUGUCGAGGCACGGGGGGUCGAGGUGGAACCCCGGUCUGAAGAAAAAGCUCAAACCCGAGCACAGGUACAUGAAAUAUCUGACGGAGGUUUACAAGAAGUCCUCCAGAGUGCAGAGGAGUGUGGACGGGAGCAACAUCUACAACACUAUCCGACUGAUCAAGCCACAGGAUGAGUGCCUGGCACAAAGUAACAAAGAGAGUUUUAUGCAGGAUUUAUCCUACAGCCUCCAUCAAGUGAGAAGAAAAGAGCAACUUCUGAACUCGGCCCUGCUGUACAGUUUGGACCAUGAAAGUUCAGCACCUGUCAGCUCUCUGUGUUACAUCACUAUCGAGGAGUAUGAGCGGUCGAAUCAGUGCCCGCUCUGUCCAGGGGUCCAACGUGCAGUGAACUUUUCAGCCAGCACAGGCAGGAGGAGCUGGAGAAACUGGGUGGAGGUUGACAUCACUUCAUUUUUUCUGCCUCUCCUAAAGUUUCCAAAAAAGAACAUACACUUGCUUGUCAACAUCACCUGCCCAGAGGAACAAAGAGCCAAGGGCAAUGGUUGCAAAGGUCCCCUGGAGAUCACCUUGAGGUCCCCUCCUCUACUUCUUUACCUCAAUGACACCAGUAAAAUCGCCCACCAGAGGUCACUAGAGAGUGCUAAAGCAAGUAAAAGGCCAUCUGUGGCCUUUAAUAAUUUUCAGAAGGAGGGGGCUUUAAAACCAGAACGCAGGCGUGGGCGCAAGAGGAGAUGGAAGAGGGAAUCUCCAAAGAGCAAACGAGAUGAUACAAGGUUGGACAUCCAGCUGCCUGAGCUUCUCUCAAGUUCCGAAUUCCCAACACGUGACUGCGCCUUGUAUGAUUUCAGGGUGCGCUUCAGUCAGCUCAAACUGGACCACUGGAUUGUGUUUCCUCCUAAGUACAAUCCCAGGUACUGCAGGGGAAUCUGCCCGAGGAUCACGGGCUUCAUCUACGGGUCACCCGUCCACACCAUGGUGCAAAACCUCAUCUAUGAGAAGCUUGACUCCUCUGUUCCCAGGCCCUCGUGA